AUGAGUGCCAUCGUUACUCAGAUUCAGAAGCUGGCCGCAAACGCGGACGAGGCUGCCCGCAAGAAGUUGAUAGAUACUUUGCAAACCCUCCAGUACAGCAUCGAGACUCCUUAUGAUACACUUCACCACGAUGUAGUUUUACUAAUUUUGAAGCACCUUCAAAUCACCGCUGCUCGUAUUGGUGUCGAUCUAGGUAUCUUUAAUGCUAUUCAGGAGAGCAAAGAUCCAAUCAGUGUCGAAGCGCUAGCUCUGAAGACAAAUGCAGCUCCAGAACUCUUAGGCCGUAUCCUACGGUAUAUAGCCUCGGCUGGACAAAUUAAGGAGACUAGCAAGGACCGCUUCAGCUCAAGCUCUACUACUUCUGUUCUAGCAGACAAGAACUAUCAGGGUGGAAUUCAUCACUUCUUCGAUACCGUGGGACCUGUUCUACAGCAGCUGCCUGAUUUCCUCGCAGAGACGAAGUAUCGAGACAUAACUGACAAUAGCAAGACGGCCGUACAGCCAGCUUUCAAAACUGAUCUUCCGGGAUUUAUCUGGUUCCCAAAUCAACCUCAGCGCUUUGGUUACUUCCAGCAAGUCAUGACAGUCCGCGUGCUGGUGUUGUAA